ACGCAAUAAUGUCUCCGUUCUUUGCCGCCAUCUUUUUGCUUGGCCUGUGCCUGGCAAACGCCAUCAACUUCACAACCGUCUACGAGUGGGAUAAAUUCGAUUUUAUCUGGCCAACAAAUGCAAAUAGAUCAAAUAAUGAACAAAUCAAAGAUAAAUACAGUCCGGAAAAAGUUUAUCCUAUAUACAUGGCUGUUUUUGGAGAAAGGCUGUUUCUAAGCCUUGAUACGCUUCCCGGAAUUCCCGCCACGCUGGUGUGGCUACCAACGAGCGGCUCGUCGACUGCGCCUCCAAAGCUUGCUCCUUUCCCCUCCUGGGAUUCACAUAAAGAGGACAACUGCGACACUAUUCAGAGGGCCUACAGUAUGGAAACGGACACAGAUGGUCGGUUGUGGGUGCUUGAUCAAGGUAGCAGCAAUUGUCCGAGCAAAAUUUGGAUUUUCAACCUCCUCAACAACGACACAACCGAACGCAUUCACCAGUUUCCGGACGCAGUCGUCUCUCAUUCAUUUUAUAAAAGGGACCUGCGUGAUAUCGUGCUCGACAAAACAACGGACGAUAAUCUUGCGUACAUCACGGAAUCUGAAUCUGAACACAUCGUAGUUUACAGCAAUAAAAACGACAAAUCCUGGUCAGUGAAAACACCAGGGAUUAAAUGGGAUUCCUUGGCCAUCUCUCCUAUCAGGGAAGCGAGACAGGUGUACCUUGGAAGAAGAGGUUCUACAGAACUGUAUUCGGUGUCUGUGUCUGAGCUGAAGAAUGAAGGCGGAAGCGCCGCUGCUGUGAAAUUAAUUGGCAGUUGGACUGGAAAACCUUACAGAAUGUUAAUCGACAGUGCCAAUGUCUUGUAUGCUGCAUUUAACUACCAGAAUUACACUUCCAUAUGGAAUAUUUCGGAGCCCUUUCGUGAGCAGCGGUUCCAUGAGGUCAGAAGACUGGGUGCCUAUUGGCCAUUUACUUUUGCCUUGGACACGAAAGAAACUUUAUGGAUGACGGAGAGAAAUGAAACUGGGAGUGGGAAUAGGUAUAAACUGCUCAAGGCUGAUGUGGCUGCAAGAUCGUAUUUAUCCAGCACGUCCACAGCCACGACUACGCCUCAAGUUUACGUGAAUGAAGAGACUACGCAAGUCGUGAAAAGCACACAAACGUCGACAAGCAAGUCAGAAACUCCUAAACCGGCUCUGGAAUCAAACGAAACAAGCGGUGGAUAUGCUGGUCUAAUUGUAGAAGAUUUCCGAGUAUGUCAAUCUUUGAACAAAAUUCUGUCAAUUGUGAUUUUGUUGCUCGUGUGUUGCUUGGUCUUGAGCGGCAUUGUCAUUGCGUGGCUGACCCUGAUGAUGAGAAGAAUGCAAACCUCUUAUUUGAGGCAGAAUCCGGUGGAAAAUAAUGGGGAAAUGUACGUUUUCCCGGAUAGCAAUCACCAGGACUAAUAUAAAAUGUAGGUUGCAUUUUAAUGCAUAAUUCAUUUAUAAAUAAAAUAGAGCUGAAGAUAAAGUUACGGUUUUCUUCAGCUA